AUGGCUUCCAGUACUACGACUUCGUCCAGUGUUCCUUCAAGUGAUGAGAGUCAGAGAUCAGUAAAUGAGACGGAGGUGCGAGGUAAAGGUAAAGGAAGAGGUAGAGGAAGAGGCAGAGGCAGAGGCAAGCCAAAAGACACAGCCGGGGGCAGUGGAUCGGUGAGACCUCCUAGGCAAAGACCAACUAAAGAGAGGCUCUCCAAAGAUGACGAGGAGAGAGUGCAAGAACUGCAAAAACAAAGGAGAGAAGCAACGGAGAGACUUGUGGAUGGAAUGAGCCUGCAAGAGCACAGGGACCUCACCACACAGUUGCUACAGAGGCAGCCAGGUCUGGUGUUUGAUGCAUUGAUGAUGCAUCAGCGGAGACAUGGCGUCCCCACAUCUGUGACAGGGAUGUCUUGGUGUACCUGUACACACUGCAGAGACAUGCCAACCGAUCGGGAGAGAAAAUGCUGUGGACAAAACCCAGCCACAUGUGUGAGCCUUCUGCCUCACUUCACACAGUAUUGCCUAGAUGAAGGUUUUCUCCGGAUUCACAGGCAGUACAGGGAGAACAUCACAGCAUUAGGCCAUGUAAGAGAGCCAGGUGAUGACAAUAGAGAAUUUAGAUAUGCAGCCUACAGACAUUUCAUUUUCUGGCAGCAUGGGUCUCUAGGGCAGGGUAAUAGAAGAGUGAUCCCAAGUUGCUGUGUGUGUAGAAUCAGGGAUAAAUUCCCUGACCCUCAGGGACAGUACACCGGGUUUAUCCCUGGAAUUUAAUUUCCUAUGUUGUGUUAUUGUAAAUAGUUUUGUAUUAUUAGUGUUCUUGUACUGUGUGUUGCUAUUUAAAUUUUAUUUAAAUUGUAUUUAAAUAAUUUUCCAUCAUUGAUCUUUAAUAAAAAUAUUU